GCUAGUCCCGAAACGUUAUCAAAAGUUCUUGCUCCGCUGAGACUGUUACGGAGCGUUAACUUGAUUUCCAGAUCAAGCCUACUCACAAUGGAACGACCUGAGCUUGUAGAGUCUCCGCGGAAGCGGCAAAAGACCGAGGAUGUUCCCACAACCGAUGACACGGUUGAAGUGCUUCCAGGCAAUGGCAGUGCCGCAGCGACAAACGCGCAAACCAUGAAGGAACACGAUGUUGGCAUUACGGAGAUUGUGACUGCUGAUAGCGAGGGAUUCUCAGGUAUUCUGAAGAAGAGAUACACCGAUUUCAUGGUCAAUGAGAUCACACCCUCCGGCCAAGUUGUUCACCUCCAAAACAUCCGCGCUCCCUUCUCUUCAACCAACGAGGAAGCCACUCCGACUGAAUCGCAGCAGUCCACACCACAGGCUACUGAGCAGCCGGCUCAGAAGGAGGAAGUCACCGAGACUCCAGAGGCUGUGACACCCGCCGAGUUCAAGGUGUCAGAGGAGGACAAUGCUUUGCUUGCGGAGUACUUUGGAGCGGAGAAUGCGACUGCCAUUAUCAAUCUGCACCAGACAGCAAUGAAUUCUCCCAGAGCUCGUCCCAGCGAGUUGGCAAAGGUUACGGUUGUUGUCUCUGACCGCGACCUGCGCACCAAGAUUCACCAGGCCAUCCGUCGCAUCUUUAACUCGCAGUUGGAGUCGAGCACGGAUAGCGAAGGAAACCUUGCCAUCACGGCGGCCAGCAACCGCUUCAAGCGCAAGGCUCAAGGACACCGUGGUGGCAAUCCUGGCCGGACCGGUGGCCGAAUGAACUGGGACGAGCUGGGUGGCCCGUAUCUCCAUUUCACUAUCUACAAGGAGAACAAGGACACUAUGGAGGUUAUCUCAUACAUUGCGCGCACAAUGAAGAUGAACCCGAAGACCUUCCAGUUCGCCGGUACUAAAGAUAGACGCGGUGUGACUGCUCAGCGCGCCUGCGUCCUCCGUGUUCAAGCCGAGCGACUCGCGAACAUGAACAAGUCUCUGCGAAAUGCCUACCUGGGCGACUUUGAGUACCGCAAGCACGGACUCGAGCUCGGCGAUCUUGGUGGUAACGAGUUCGUGAUCACCCUACGCGACUGUGAAUUCCCCGGUGUGGAUAUGAAGGACCCUCAAGCUGCUGUCAGCAAGGCCUCGGAGAUUGUUGGCACCUCUCUGAAGAACCUCCACGAUCGCGGUUACUUCAACUACUACGGUCUCCAGCGAUUCGGUACUUUCACCACCCGAACUGAUACCAUUGGUGUCAAGAUGCUGCAGGAUGAUUUCAAGGGAGCCGCCGAGGCCAUUCUCCACUACCCCCCUCACGUCCUUGCCGCUGCGCAGGAGGGCGAGUCAUCCACAGCACUGAUCAGCACCGAUGACAAGGCCCGUGCCGAAGCAAUCUACAUCUUCCAAAGCACGCACAAUGUCAACGACGCUCUCGCCAAGCUCCCGCGAAAGUUCUCGGCCGAGGCCAACAUCAUCCGCCACCUGGGUCGCGUUAAGAACGACUACCUGGGUGCCAUUAUGUCUAUCCCCCGCAAUCUGCGCUUGAUCUACGUGCACGCUUACCAGUCACUUGUAUGGAACUUUGCCGCUAGCGAGCGCUGGCGACUCUAUGGCGACAAGGUCGUCGAGGGCGACCUGGUUAUUGUCAGCGAGCACCGGGACAAGGAGGAGACCGACGCUGCCGCAGCCAAUAGCGGCGUGGACGAAGACGGCGAAGUUGUCAUUCUUCCCGAAGGCGAGAACAGCUCCUACGCGGCAGAGGACGCAUUCACUCGGGCUCGGGCUUUGACCGCCGAGGAGGCCGCUAGUGGAAAGUACUCCAUCUUUGACGUGGUGCUGCCCCAACCUGGCUUUGACGUCCUGUACCCAGCCAAUCAGAUGACCGAGUUCUAUAAAAAGUUCAUGGGCAGCGAGCAAGGUGGUGGCCUUGACCCGUUCAACAUGCGCCGCAAGAACAAGGAUACCAGUCUGAGUGGUAGUUACCGCAAGAUCUUUAGCCGGAUGGGACCCAACUUCUCGCAUGAGGUCAAGUUGUACUCUGAAGAUAACGAGCAGUUUGUCCAAACGGAUUUGGAGAAGCUCAAGGGCGCCGACCAGCGUGACAGUGCUGCUACAUCUCAGACUGGAGACAAGUUGGCCAUCGUGUUGAAGUUCCAGUUGGGUUCUAGCCAGUACGCCACCAUGGCGCUUCGUGAGCUGAGUAAGGGUUUGGUUCGUGAGUACAAGCCUGAUCUUGGUGGUGGCCGAUAAGCCGAUCGUUUGGUAUGAUAUGAUGGAAACUGGGUGGCCCUCCACAUUCAUUGUACAUAGCUUGAGGUUUCUAAAAGUGGAACAAAAUCACCGAGAACAUCCACCAAUGAACAGAGUCGGGUGUCUGACCUUAUAUUACGAAAAUCUUUUUUCACCCAUUCGUACCUCGCUCAUUUUAUUUUGCCUCUUAGAGCCUAGGUGUUCGAAUAAUGAAUGAAUUCACACUUCAUGAGUUGGAUAUCAAGAAUCCCCGCGUUAUUAAACAUCCCUCCAUCACAACGCCAAUACUCUAGUGCUCAAAACACAGCCAAACAAAUAUGUAUAUAGAAAAGGAAACAGAAAAAACCCCUCCAAAAGGGCCCAUCCCGAGUCCCCUUAAUCCCUUAUCGGAACGACCUCCCAUGACUCUCAAUAUGCGGAUGAUCGUCAUCAAACGACGACACAGAAGACAUAUCAUCAAAAUCUCGCUCGUUAUUUAUCUGCCCAUGCUCGUCCGAAAUAAUCGAUACCCCAUCGUUAUCCUCAAUACCCUGAUUCUCAAAUGGCAUCCGUACACUCGCCGCCCUGGCACUAGGCGGGCCAUUGCUAACACGGCGACUAAUCGAUGACACCGGCCGACUGAAAUCACGUAGAUCAUGUUCUGUAGCGCUGAGUCGCUGAUCCAUCGAGACUGCCAUGGCGAUCCCCAGUUCCGUUUGUGGAUCGUCGUCCGGGCGUGCAGAUACAGAGCCGGGUGUAGUGUCGUGAGCAUGACUACGAGUGACAUCGAUGACUGGUAGUCGAGACGGAUUCCCUACCGCAGGGUCUGGAGACGCAACGGAUAUCUUAGGCGUAGUAGCCAUGAGAGCGGCAGUUGAGACACCCGGUGUUUCGGAGCCGCUCAUUUCGUAUCGUGGAGGGGCAUGACGACGCUUUCGGUGACGGAUAAAGAAGAAUAGCAGGGCUAGGAUGCCGAGGAGACCGACUAUCGCGAUGGGGAUGGCGAUGGCGAGUUUGGUUUUGGCCGAGUCGCCUCCACCAGAGUAAGCACCGGGAGCGGCAGUUUGGAGGGUACUGGUACUAGUCGAACUGACCACCGUGCCGGAGAGAACCAUGGAUGUCUCUAUGGAUGUAGUUGAUUCGGACACCGCAGAUACAAUGCUAGUUGAGGUUGGCGUCGUCGAUAUCCCGUUGAUUGUAGUCGUAGAUGAUGCAGGCGUCACUGAUGCAAAUCCAGUCGAACUUUCCAGCCAUCCUUCAGACAAUGAAGCAGGAUCUGCUGCCCGACUUUGACCUGCUGCCAUCUGUGAAGUCUCCGUAGCCACCGAUGUCGGGUUUCCGUCUGCCCCGGAGAGUUCUGAGUUAACGAUGGAUGCAUCUUCCUCCCAUGGCAACUGUCUUGGUUCUCGCUUAAGACUAUCCAAAUUCAUGUCCAUUGGAGAGGAGUCGGUAAGUUGAGAAGUUGAAAGUUGGGGCCUUGGAAAAAUCUCCAGGCAAACCCUUGUAGCAGACUACAAUCAAAGAAACCAGGAUCACGCAAGGAUCAAAGGACGACUGGGGGCCGGAAUUGGGAAAUGGGUACUUUUUCAAUGGGGCGUGGAUGAGUACGGGUGGCUUUCAUGAGCCCGUAUUCCCUUUAGAUCGUGUCGGUGAUUUUAGCUCUCUUGGAAUUUUAGGGUUGGCCGCCGAGGAUUGUCGAGAAGUAAAAAUGGUAUAUACUGAUAGAAGAGAAGAUGAAGGUCGGUGGGAAAGCGCCCACCUGGAAAAGACGGUACAUUCCACAGCCUCCCAUGACUUCCUGGGUCUCCUUAAUUUUUAUUUCUCCAUUUCUCCAUCAUCCACCACUCACCAACACUGCGAAGCCGCCCAUCUGCGACAGCGGUUCGCGCGCCGGUGGAGAGAAGGAGGGGUUCAACUUGGGGGCUGCACCUUAGCACAGCCCGACGGCGGUUGGUGACUACAAAGAAUCCCCGUCCAUCCAAUCAAUCAUACUCUAAGCGCGGUGCUG